AUGGCGGUAGCUUGGAUGAAAAUUCCUGGGGGAAAUACUGAGCAAGUGAUUACAGGGAAGAUAAUUGUCUGGUUAAAGAAUUAUAUGCCCUAUGAGUUUGAUAUUGAACCUGUAAAAUUGUCACUUAAAAAUCAAAAUAUUAGAAUUAUUAAAACCCAAGCUGGAAGUCAGGAGGAGCUUGAGACAGAUUCCCUGCAGCUCCCGUUUAUAUCAGUGGCGCAGCUGGUGGGGAUCCCCUCUGAAAUUCAGUUGUUUUAUGUGGGUGGCAAAGUGGAGUUUAAGGCUGGAGUUGGGUGUCUAGUUACAGACAUAGAGCUAAAGCGACUGAAAGAUGCUUUCAAGAGAACUUGUGGACUCUCGUAUUAUAUGACGCAACAGUGCUUCAUCAGGGAAGUUCUUGGUGAUGGAGUCCCUCCAAAAGUUGCUGAGGUUAUCUACUGUUCAUUUGGAGGAAUAUCCAAAGGGCUGCACUUCAAUAACUUGAUAGUUGGAUUAGUUCUGCUUACAAGAGGCAGAGAGGAAGAGAAAGCAAAAUACAUUUUCAGUCUCUUUUCUAAUGAAUCUGGGAGUUACAUUGUCCGUGAGGAGAUGGAGAAGAUGCUACAUGUGGUUGAUGGGAAAGUCCCAGAGUCACUCAAGAAAUGUUUCUCCGAGAGUGAAAAGGUAAACUAUGACAAGUUCAGGGUUUGGCUGUUGCACAACAAAGAUGCUUUCACGUUUUCCCGUUGGCUGCUGUCUGGAGGUGUGUACGUGACACUCACUGAUGAUAGUGAUACCCCUACCUUCUAUCAGACCCUGGCUGGAGUCACGCACUUGGAAGAAUCCGACAUCAUUGAUCUUGAAAAACGAUACUGGCUGCUAAAAGCUCAAUCAAGAACUGGACGUUUUGAUUUAGAAACAUUUGCUCCCUUAGUUUCCCCUCCUAUUCAUCCAUCUCUGAGUGAAGGUUUGUUUAAUGCUUUUGACGAAAACCGAGACAAUCACAUAGAUUUUAAAGAAAUUUCCUGUGGGCUCUCAGCAUGUUGCAGGGGACCCUUGGCAGAAAGACAGAAGUUUUGCUUCAAGGUUUUUGACGUUGACCGGGAUGGUGUGUUGUCUCGCACUGAACUUAAAGAAAUGGUGGUUGCACUUUUAGAGGUCUGGAAAGAUAACCGUACUGAUAAAAUACCUGAAUUGGACAUGGAUUUGUCUGAAAUUGUACAAGACAUUUUGAAUAUGCAUGAUACCACAAAGCUUGGACACCUCACUCUGGAGGACUACCAGAUAUGGAGCGUGAAGAGUGCACUUGCCAAUGAAUUUUUAAAUCUGCUUUUUCAGGUGUGUCAUAUAGUUUUGGGGCUACGACCUGCCACUCCAGAAGAGGAAGGACAGAUUAUUAGAGGCUGGCUAGAAAGAGAAAGCAGGUAUGGCCUUCAGCCGGGGCAUAACUGGUUUCUUAUUGCAAUGCCAUGGUGGCACCAGUGGAAAGAAUAUGUCAAAUACGAUGCAAACCCUGUUGUGAUAGAGCCUUCAUCUGUCUUGAGUGGAGGUAAGAAUUCACUCAUAACUGCCACAGCCAAUACUGCAGAACAGGGAGAAGACAAAAUGGGAGGUCUUAAUUCCUUCAGUGCAACCGAAGAAAAGAGUUCAGAUAAUAUUUCUACUGCAUCAGAAGCCUCAGAGACUACUAGCAGCAAUACUAUUUAUCCUGGCACUCCAGGGACUGAGGUAUGUUUUGCUAGGCAGCAUAAUACUUCGGACAAUAAUAACCAAUGUUUCCUUGGAACCAAUGGGAAUACUUUGCUACAACUUAAUCCUCAGAAACCAGGAGCUAUUGAUAACCAACCUCUAGUAACGCAAGAACCAGUGAAGGCUGCAUCAUUAACAAUGGAGGGUGGAAGAUUAAAACGAUCUCCUCAACUGAUUGAAGGAAAGGACUACAUAAUGGUGCCAGAACCAGUUUGGAGAGCACUUUACCAUUGGUAUGGAGCAAAUCUGUCCUUGCCCAGGCCG